CAAAUGCGCCUGCGCGGACUGCGGCAGAAGGCGGGGUACCAGCUGCAGAGUACACUGAGACGAGUGUUCACUGUUGACCAGUACCUGCCUUCUUUUUCACCACCUCCAAUUUCAGCUCCAGCAAGUUGGUUGGAACUUUGGUUCUCGCAGCAGCAACAACAGCAUUACGGCUAGCGGCAGUUUUGUGCCGAGGCACCUACACAGCUCCCGUCCUCUUUCUGCCAGAUCGCGGGCCUGUCGGUGUCUGCUCGCACACGCCGGUCGACAGGACCAUGUCGCUGGUAAGCCAGAAUUCGCGCCGCCGCCGCCGCCGCGGUGCAAAGGCCACUGCACAGAGCAGCAGCAGCUGGGGUGAAAUACAGGCCACCAAUGCCCCCGGUCUCCCUGCUGCUAUGCCAGGCCCAGACAUCCCCCAGGAUCCCAGCGAUCCCCAGAGCCUCCAGGGCCUCUGCGCCUCUGAGAGCCCAAGCACCUCCGUGCUUCCCACCCCCAGCAAGGGCCCACGCACCUCUGUACCACCCACCGCCUCUGAGGGCUCAAGCACCUCCAGGCCUCCCACCAUCUCUAAGGGGCCGAACACCUCCGUGACGCUCACCGCCUCUGAGGGCCAGAGCGCUUCUGGGCCGCGCACUUGCACUGAGGAACCGAGCUCCUUCGUGCUGCCCAUCCCCGGUGAGGGCCCGAGCACUUUCGUGCUGCUCACUGCCACUGAGGGAUCUGGCACCUCCGUGCCACCCCUCCCUGGUGAGGGACUGAAUACAUCCGUGCCGCUCACAGGCUCUGAGGGACCCGGCACCUCCAUGCGGCCCCCGCCUGCAGAGGGCCCGAGCACCUCCGUGCCGCCCACCUCCGGUGAAAGCCCUAGCACCUCCGUGCUGCCCAUCGCUUCUGAGGCACCGGGCACCUCCGUGCCGCCACCCCCUGGUGAGGGCCCCAGCAACUCCGUGCUGCCCAUCGCUUUUGAGGGGCCUGGCACCUCCGUGCUGCCACCCCCUGGUGAGGGCCCAAGCAUCUCCGGGCUGCCCACCGCUUCUGAGGGACCCGGUAUCUUCGUGCCGCCACCUCCUGGUGAGGACCCGAGCACCUCCGUGCUGCCCACCGCCUCUGAGGGACCGAGCACCUCCAAGCCACCCACCCCUGGUGAGGGCCCAAGCACACCAUUGAAUUCAAGUGCUUCUGUGGGCCGGAACCCCUCCAAGUGCCCCGUUGUUUUGCCAAGCACUAGGGAGGCCAAGGCCUCUGUGGACUCUGACUCUGAGGGCCCUAGGGGUGCGGUAGGCCCCGUGGAAUUCGAGGUCGUGAGAGAUUGUGAGCGCCCCAACUCCAUUACCAUUAUGGGCCUCAGUACUUCCCGGGUCGCCGUUACCUUGAAGCCCCAGGACCCUAUUGAACAGAAUGUAGCCGAGUUGUUGCAGUUCCUGCUGGUGAAGGAUCAGAGCAAGUACCCUAUCCGGGAGUCGGAAAUGCGAGAGUAUAUUGUUAAAGAAUAUCGCAGCCAGUUCCCUGAGAUCCUAAGACGAGCAGCAGCCCACCUAGAGUGCAUUUUUAGGUUUGAAUUGAGGGAACUUGACCCUGAGGCACACACCUACAUUCUGCUCAACAAACUGGGACCUGUGCCCUUUGAAGGGUUAGAAGAGAGCCCAAAUGGGCCAAAGAUGGGCCUCCUGAUGAUGAUUCUAGGACAGAUAUUCUUGAGUGGCAACCAAGCCAAGGAGGCUGAGAUUUGGGAAAUGCUCUGGAGGAUGGGGGUGCAGCGGGAGAGGAGGCUUUCCAUUUUUGGGAACCCAAAGAGACUUCUGUCUGUAGAGUUUGUGUGGCAGCGUUACUUGGACUACAGGCCAGUAACUGACUGUAACCCAGUGGAGUAUGAGUUUUUCUGGGGCCCAAGAUCCCACCUAGAAACCACCAAGAUGAAAAUUCUGAAGUUCAUGGCUAAGAUCUAUAACAAAGAUCCUAUGGACUGGCCAGAGCAAUACAAUGAGGCUCUGGAAGAAGAUGCUGCCAGAGCCCUUGCUGAGGGUUGGCAGGCUCUCCCUCACUUUAGGAGGCCAUUUUUUGAGGAAGCUGCCGCAGAGGUAGCAUCUGCUGAUUCAGAGGUUUCCAACUAUUCCUCAAAAUAUCCUCCACAUUCAUGGCCUGAGUCAAGAUUGGAGAGCAAGGCAAGGAAAUUGGUUCAGUUAUUUCUGCUUAUGGAUUCAACUAAGCUGCCUAUACCAAAGAAAGGAAUUCUGUACUAUAUUGGCCGAGAGUGCAGCAAAGUGUUCCCUGAUCUCUUAAAUCGUGCUGCUCGCACCCUGAACCAUGUCUAUGGGACAGAGCUGGUGGUACUUGAUCCCAGGAAUCACUCCUAUACCCUGUACAACCGAAGGGAAAUGGAAGAAAUUGAAGAGAUUGUGGACAGUCCAAACAGGCCUGGCAACAACUUUUUGAUGCAGGUCCUAAGCUUCAUCUUUAUAAUGGGAAACCAUGCCAGGGAGUCUGCAGUCUGGGCCUUUCUGCGGGGCUUAGGGGUUCAGUCUGGGAGAAAGCAUGUGAUUACCUGUAGGUAUUUGAGUCAGCGCUAUAUCGACAGUUUACGGGUUCCUGACAGCGAUCCAGUGCAAUAUGAGUUUGUAUGGGGCCCUAGAGCCCGAUUGGAAACCUCUAAGAUGAAAGCCCUGCGAUAUGUGGCCAGAAUCCACAGAAAGGAGCCACAGGACUGGCCAGAGCAGUACAGGGAGGCACUGGAAGAUGAAGCCAAUAGAGCAGAUGUUGGGCACAGGCAAUUCUUUGUUCACAACUUCAGAUAGAAGAAUGCGUGGCAGUCAGAGGGGCCAUGAAAAGUUGGGUCCUAGGGCCUUAGGUCUCAUGUAUUGGGAGUACAUAUUGUAUUUGGUAUUGUAUGUGUUCCAGUUCCAUUUAUGUAUUUUCAUAUUUAGUUAUUGUGUAGUGUCUUGAAAAGUUCCAACCGUUUUAAUAUAUUGUCCAAUAGGGUAAAUGUGAUUGACUACUUGCCGUCUCUGUUGUAUUUUGGUAUGAGUUUUGAUAGCUUUAUAAAAUUUUUUGGAAAUCUUUCCAUCUUGUUGCAUUAUCUGGAAGAUAGUACAUAGCAUAUAGCUAUAGAUAUAGGCUUUUUCUUGAAAGUUUGAAAAAAUUCACCAGUAAAAUUAUCUAGCUUCAUGUGUUAAACAAACAAAUAUAACAACAACUGAAAAAGCACUAUAAAUUGUGGCUGGCUUUCUUUUCUGUCUGCUAUUGUGUAAAGAAUACUGAUGUUUACCUAUAUUUGCUUUGCUGUACUAAAUGUAAUGAAAAAUAAAAGUUUAAUAAAUCAAACAUAA